AUGAGCCAUUCCGGCCAGAGUCUGGAGCCAAAAGAAUGUCUAAAUUCUCAGAGGGUUCAUGAUGCCGUCAAGCUGCUUUCUAGUGGCGGCGUAACGAAAUAUUUCGUCGCCGCUGUUGCUGAUGACGGAAUUUACGUUACCUUCUACGGUCCCUCGUCAGCGACCAAGGCCAACAGCGUACCGGCCUUCUUCGAUAUGAACAAGUUUCUGCAAACAAUCUCCUCGACUGAGCACCGGACUUCACCUUCACGUCCAGACUCGUCCGCACAUGAUGUAUAUACCGGUUUUUCCGCCGUCCCAGCCCAGAGAGGCUCUGGUCACCUACAAUACGGCGGAGAAGACCGAAGCUGGAGUCGAGGGGAGCACAGUAGGUCCAAGGUAGAUAGUUCGAUGACGACGCAAUGGCAACUACCGGGAAGCAUUAAGACUAGCGACUCAUUGGCUGUCCGGAGAAUCCUGGAGCGUCAGUUAGGCAAAUGCCAGCAGAUGAUGUGUAGGCUGUUAGCUAAAGUCUGGAUUAAGGCCAUUGAACCCAAUAAACAGACCAAGUACCCGUAUAGCGGCAUGAAGGAAAGGACGCCUGGCUGGUGGCCUAAGCCGUGGGGUCCUCGACAAGAUGACCGGGUCCGGCACAAGGAGCCUGAUCACUUGCAAAAGCGAGAGCGUGUAUAUCUUCUCGUUUACAUUAUCGACCUAGUUACGGAGCCAGUAGCGAAGCAGCACUACGAUAUUAGGCAGCAAGACCUAAAUAUCGACAAGUUGGAGCAGAUAACGAGGGUGCAUCUCGCCUCUUUCUUUACCAGGGACAAAAAGAACUCGGAAAAAGCACUACACCUUAACGAGCUCUUCAGGAUAGCACGUCAGGUCGAGAUGUUCAAGAACGGCAAAACCACUAGAGAUCGAAAAUUCAUUACCAACACUGAGGACACGUUUUACUGCAAUAAUGCCGCCGAUGUCGCUCAAUAUACGGAUUCUUCUGUAACAGGCGAAGUAGAUAAUAUGAUAAAAGAGGCUUGCCCCCAUGAAUACGAACCUUGUAUGAAUUGGACCUCUACCGUUAUUUCACCCUCUUUCCGGCCAAACACCAAACAUAAAACUCACGCAACAGGAAUGGGACUUGCGUUUACUGCCGAACAGAGUGCCGGUACUUUUCUGGAUACGUCGCCUACACCCGCGGGAAAUGAUGGCAAGACCUCGACGGCUGCCUCAGCUACCUCCCUCGAGUAUAGCGAAACUAGUAACGCCUAUGUUAACCUCAAUGGGGAAAUGCUGAUUUUAGAAGGCGAGAAUUAUAUACCCGAGUGGCUUUCAACCCCAGCGGAAACAGGGGGCGCGAUUCACGUAUCGCAUAAUACAAGUUUGGCCCGUGGCUGA